AACACCUCAUUUCAAAAAAACUCUUGCCUCUUUUAUUAUUCUGCUAGAUCUAUGUUACUAUAAUUUAUCAUUAAAUUUUUUUAUCAAGAAUUUAUCAUUAAAUUCAAUUCAAGAAAUUUGGAAAAUUUUGAUAUUUGACGCAAAAUUGAAAAAAAAAAAAAUCAGGAGGUUGUUAGAUAUAAUCCUGAUUUUUGUUUAGUCCAAUCGGCCAAAUUGAAAUGAUGUCUUCGGUCAGAAUUGGGAAAUUCUCAAUUCUUUCCUCUCCAAUCCCUCCCCUCUUGCAUCCCCAGCUUGGACGACAACUACCUCUCGCAUCGCGUGUCUGGUUUCCUCAAUUUCCAACGGCGACAAUAGUUUAAGCUCUGCGGUUCGAAGUUGUAUUGCAUUUUUUCCAUUUUGAUUUCUUUACUUCUGAUUGUCUCUUGAGAUGAGCAUUUAACCUUCGAUCCAGCUGAAGUAAGACUCUACUGCAGCAUUUGACCAAGAUCCUAGUUUGCACUUGUUUAAUUCUUUUGCUUUUGAUGGAUAUAAAUCUCAAGAAAAUGGGAGAAAUUGAAGAUAGUGAGAAUAGGAGAAUGGUGUUUGUAACAGUGGGAACUACAUUGUGUGAUGCUCUUGUAAGGGCAAUGGAUAAAAAGGAAGUUAAGCAGGAAUUAUAUAGAAGAGGCUACUCCCACCUUCUCAUUCAAAUGGGUCGGGGAUUCUACACUCCCACCAAGUCUGAAGGAGAAGAUGGAUCUGUGGCUGUUGAUUAUUUCACUUUUUCAUCAAGUAUAGCAGAUCAUCUAAGAUCAGCAUCUCUUGUUAUCAGCCAUGCUGGGUCAGGGAGUAUGUUUGAGACUUUGCAGCUUGGCAAACCUCUAAUUGUAGUGGUGAAUGAAGAUCUGAUGGACAAUCAUCAAAGUGAGCUUGCAGAAGAACUAGCAGAGAGGAAACAUUUAUAUUGUGCUCGUCCUCAAACGCUCCAUCAUACAAUAGCAGAUAUGGAUUUGGAGUCUCUUCUCCCAUAUCCUGCAGGUGAUGCAACUCCUGUUGCGAAGCUUAUAAAUAGGUUUCUAGGCUUCCCAGGUGAUUGAUGAGUUCUGCAUAUCCUGUUGAUAAUAUCAUAAAUCAAUCACCCCGGGAAUUUUGUAAAACGUAAGUAGAAAAUCAUUACUAUGGCUAAUUUUAUCCUUGCUCAUUGAACUAUUAGCUAAUAGAAAAAGACUCUCCCAUGGGUCACUGCUAAUAAACUCUCUCUCAGUAUGUUGAACAAAAUUGCAGUAGGAGGAGAUUAUCAUAAAGCUCAAUGAGAAUUUCGUUAGUUUUACUA